AGAGACCCUCUAACUCCUUUGCUCCUAAGGAAGCAGUCUGCUCAGAGACUUAUUGCAGUCGCUUAAAAUUAGAAAUCUUGGCAAGUGCUAGUUUAAAGAAGUGGGGCUGAGAGCAGAACUGGAUCAUCUACAACUUGCAGGCUAGUUCUUCAUCGGGGAACAGAUCUGCUGCUGCAGUGUCACUUUAUGCUGGAUGGUUUCAUAGGGUUUACAGAACUGAAGAACUUCUGUGGAAACCUAUGGGAAAGUUGGGCUGCAAGAUCUUUCCUGAGAUGGUGGAAGAUAAUAUUCCAAGAUAAGGGUUGAUGAUGAUUAUUUUGCUCUAUGUUACAAGCUUUGCACUCUGUGUCAGUGGGCAGCCAGCAAGCAAUAAACGUAAGGGAGAACACCAAAAUAUACAGUAUGUCUGUAGCAUCCCAGGAUUGCCGGGGCCCCCAGGAUCCCCUGGGGCAAAUGGAUUAGUUGGGCCACAUGGACGGAUUGGCCUUCCUGGAAGAGAUGGAAGAGAUGGAAGAAAGGGUGAAAUGGGGGAGAAGGGCACAACAGGUUUACGAGGAAAAACAGGUCCACUUGGACCCAUUGGUGAAAAAGGAGAUCAAGGAGAAAGUGGCAAAAAAGGACCAAUUGGACCGCCUGGAGACAAGGGUGAAAUUGGACCUGAUGGACCAUUGGGACCUAAAGGUGAUAAAGGGACCAGAGGAUAUCUGGGAGAACCAGGAGUAUGUAAGUGUGGUGAUAUAAUUCUAAAAUCUGCCUUCUCAGUUGGGAUUACCACCAGUUUUCCUCAGGAAAGACUUCCAAUCUUAUUUAACAAAAUUCUCUUUAAUGAAGGGGAACACUACUACCCAUCCGUAGGGAAGUUUAUUUGUGCCAUUCCUGGAAUUUAUUAUUUCUCCUAUGAGAUCACUGUCGCAGACAAGCAUCUGGCCAUCAGUCUGGUACACAAUGGAGAAUACAAAAUAAAGACGUUUGAUGCCAACACGGGAAACCAUGAUGUUGCCUCAGGUUCAACGUUACUCUACCUAAAGCCGGAAGAUGAAGUCUGGCUGGAGAUUUUCUAUGCAGAUCAGAAUGGUCUCUUUUCAGACCCGAGUUGGGCAGACAGUUUGUUUUCUGGAUUUCUUUUAUAUGCAGAUACUGACUAUCUGAAUGCUUGGUCUGAUGAUGAUUUUUGAUACAUGGCUCCAACUUGACAGAUCUGGGCUUUUUAGGUGGUACCCCAGUCUUCAAUGGUUCACUAGGACACUUUGACAACCUUUAUUUCUUGAACAGCUUGUUUCAGUGCCAUUUCAUUUAGGAAUGACAUAAACCAUUGUUAGACAAAAAUAAGAAACCGCCAAACAGGUCAUUUUGAGACUUAGUUAGAACCCUCAUAGGUCAUUUUAUUACAUGCUAACAAAUAAAGACAACGAAAGACAAUAGUGGUGUAAAAAAGUUGCAAAUUAUGGCGCACACCAUAUUUGCGCCAUCAUUUGCAACUUUUUGAAGCCAGUUUUUAUAAAUCUCCUCCAAUGUAUUAUUGCUAAUGAACCCCAUAUGUUUUAUGCAAAACUAAAUAAGCCAUAAAUCUUUUUAUUUCCCUGCUUAAAGUCUUAACGUAAUUUUUAGUCUCUUUAUUUUAGUUAUCAAUUUAAAAAAAAAUUCCUUGUGUAAAUAUAAAUUAGGUCACAUUCACCUAAUUUAUAUUUACCCAAGGACAUUUUUUUAAAAUUGAUAACUAAAAUAAAGAGACUAAAAAUUAUGAUCUUUGCAAUAAACACACUGGGGCUCAUUUACUAGACCUGCACCAGAUUUAUCACAGGGUCUCAGGCUGGAUGAUAAAUGUGAAGCAGGGAUAGACACUUUUUACUGACUCUACACCAACCAUUUAUUGGCUUACUUUGCAACAGAAUUUUACACCAGAAUGAUGACAUAAUACAUUGCAAUUUGGGUAACGCCCCCUCUACCGUGAAGCCACAUCACUUUCUGGGGCUAAGUACAGAUAAUUUCUCUAAACUUAGAUACAUCAAAUUGCUCCAGAAAAUCUAGGUGCUCUCACAUUAAUAAAGGUGGAUAAAUAUAUGUUUUAUUCAAUUUUGCAUACAAACAAAUGAAAUAAUGUAAUUUUCCAUAGACAGAUAUCCAUACAGACAACUUGCAUUCAGUUUCUCAAUAUCAUUUGAAAGGUAUUAUCAUCAGCAUAUGGUAGAUUGGAUCAAGUUCAAGUAAAACUGUAAGAUCAGUAUAUAGAGGGGGACUACUGAAUAAGACAAUAAUUGUGUAUUUACUUCUUACACAUGGCCCUCAUGCACACGGCUAUGUACAUAUUUCAGUCCGCAAACAUCAGAUCCACAAAAUACAGAUACCUUCCGUGUGCAUUCCAUAUUUUUCUCACUCCCAUCAAAAGAAAGGACUAUUCUCCAUCUACAAUAUGGACAAGAAAAAUAGGACAUGUUUUAUAUACAACUACCUUUUGUGUCACCCCCAUUUCCUCAUAGAUUGUAAGCUCUUGCGAACAGGGCCCUGACUCCUAGUGUUUCAGUUGUAUAUUAUCCAGUUACAUUGUGAUGUCUUUUGUUUUGUACAUGAACCCUCUGAAUUUGUAAAGCUCUGCAGAUGUGUGCCUGGCCCCAUAAAAUGAAUAAUGUGGACAGAACACGGAUGAAAAAUAUGGGUGUGUACAUGAGGCCUAAGCCUCCUAUUGCAAAUGUUUCUCCUAUUGGCACUAAUUUAGACAAAUGGAGGAUGGGGGUUGCUGUACUAUUUUGCUCUCUGGAAAACAAAGAGAAAUAUACAACCAAUGAGCAUACAUUUCUGGCACCAACAUGCUUAAAGGCUAUGUCUACAAUAGAAACUAUGUUACAAUGUUUAGAGAUAAUUUACGUAAAACAGAUGAGUAUAUUUUAUAUCAGAUUAUUUAAAUAAACAUGA